AUGCCAGAACAGAUCCUUGUGUCCAAACGGCCGCUAAACGACUGUGGAGAUCGGUUGAGGACAAUGAAUCCCACGGACUCUUCUCGCUUAACGCAGUAUAAGAAUAAGGGGAAAGAUACGAUACUUAAGAAUAGUAGGGUAGAUGAGGCAGUUACAAUUCGUAAAGAUAAGAGGGAAGAUUUGCUAUCAAAACGACGUAAUAUCAACGCCCAGGAUGAAAAUGUUGUUCGAACUUCAGCCCAGUCGGGACCAUUCGAUAGCAAUCUCUUACAUCAAAUAGUAACGAUGGCUCGUAGUAAUGAUCUGAGUAUCAAAUUGGCUGCAGUUCAGCAGGCACGUAAAAUGUUGUCUUCUGACCGAAACCCACCAAUUGAUGAUCUUAUUUCCAGCGAUAUUUUACCUAUUCUUGUAAAUUGCCUCGUUUCUGAUGAUGUAAAUCUGCAAUUUGAAGCUGCUUGGGCCCUUACAAAUAUUGCAUCGGGAACGUCAGAGCAAACUCAAGCAGUGGUGAACGCUGGUGCUGUACCACUUUUCCUGCAGCUUUUGUCGAGUGGUAACUUGAACGUCUGCGAACAAGCAGUUUGGGCUUUGGGUAAUAUAAUUGGUGAUGGUCCACAUUUCCGAGAUUACUGUUUACAACUCGGGAUUCUUCCUUUACUUUUGAACUUCAUAACACCUGAAAUACCUCUUGGAUUCUUGCGGAACGUCACAUGGGUCAUUGUAAAUUUGUGCCGAUCAAAAGAUCCACCUCCAACUCCGGAAAUUGUGAAAACAAUAUUGCCAGCUUUGGUCCUAUUGAUUCAUCACGACGACGCCAACAUUCUUGUCGAUACGGUGUGGGCUCUGUCAUACCUUACCGAUGGGGGUAAUGAACAAAUUCAGAUGGUCAUCGAUAGUGGAAUAGUUCCAUCGCUAGUUCCUAUGCUCGGCCAUUCCGAUGCUAAAGUGCAAACUGCUGCUCUACGAGCUGUUGGUAACAUUGUCACAGGAUCUGAUGAACAGACACAACUCGUGCUUGAUUGCGGUGUGCUACAAGAAAUGCCGCAACUUCUUUCUCAUCAGAAAGAAAAAAUCAAUAAGGAGGCUGUGUGGUUCCUAUCGAACAUCACUGCUGGUAACCAAAACCAGGUACAAGCUGUUCUCGAUGCAGGUCUGAUGCCGCUGAUUAUCAGUUUGCUUGGCAAGGCAGAUUUUCCCACGCAGAAGGAAGCAGCAUGGGCUGUAUCAAAUGUAACCAUCUCUGGACGCCCUGACCAAGUCGAGCAGAUGGUGAACUGUGGUGUUAUCCCGCCAUUUUGUGCUCUUUUGGAUUGUAAGGAACCGCAGAUCAUUCAGGUUGUCCUUGAUGGCAUAAACAAUAUUCUCAAAAUGGCUGGUCCUGGUGUGGAAGCAAUCUGCACGCAGAUUGAGGAAUGUGGAGGUUUGGACAAAAUCGAACAGUUACAAAAUCACGACAACGAAGAGAUUUAUAAGCUCACGUACGAAAUUAUUGACACUUAUUUCAAUUCGAAUAGUGAUGAGGAAAUUACGGCUGGACAAGAGGGAGGUGUUGAAACUGCAAGUACAAUCGGUUUCUCGUUUAGAAAAGAUGGCCCACUGACCCCGGAUGAUGUGAGGAGGCACUGUGAGGAAGCGAUGCAACUUUUCGUCGAGCUGUUUAGAAAUAGAGACUUUCAAAUUUUUUAG